AUUGUUUUUUGUUUUACUUGGCUGUUUAAUAUUUAAUUUUUAAUUUUUUAUAGAAAUUAUUCUUUAAUAUAUUUCAACAUGCCCUUUUUGAUCAACUAUCACUGUAAUCCUCCCUAUAACUAAAAUCUGCCUUUUGUGUCAAGAUGGGUUUAAAACAUAAGGAAAUCCACAGACACUUUCAAUUCCUUAGCGAAAAUCCAUUCACCUAUGAAUUUAUAGCUGGAUUUCUCGCUUUCGCUAUGUAUAUACCUGAACAGGUAGUUUCAGUGAGUUCCAGACAUCUCGCCGUCGCCUUUAACAUACCAAAGGAAACUACAGGUAUAUAUUUUAGCAAGUUGUUCAGUCUUCGUGCCCUUGUGUUGCUAUUAGGAUCUUUAGCAGUGUAUAUUUUUAAAUGGUUCAUAAGCGACGAUAACAUAUUUUUCACGUUGCUUUUUUAUACAUUAUUAAUUGUAUCGAGAGUUAUCAUUCUUGUGUUGUUGUACUUUUGCAAGAAUCUGGCUCUGGGAUUUUAUAACAUUUUCAUCUUAGAGUCACUCUUCCUAGGUCUAUUCCAACUCACCUUCUUCACUCUGACGCCAGAGUAUGUAUCAUUAUUAAGUCUUUGCUUUAAAAUAUCAAAGAUUUCUGUAUUUCUAAUUCAGCUGAGUAUGGACUUCACAACAUACAAUAGUCCAUUCCUAAUGGUGAAGAUACACUUUUUCAUUAUUUUUGUCAUUUCAUUCUUUUCCAUCUUCAUGUGGUUCUUCUACUGUAUAAAUUACACUAAUUUCAAACGCAAGCCAAUACAAUCAACCCAAACUAAUGAAGCUAUUGAUAAUUCAUACAAAUAUACAGUUAAUGGUUCAAAAAGUAAGGUCAUUGAAAUUGUAUCAAAUGAUGGCAACCUGGGCCCAGAACCAGGCUUUUUUAGGCAGUUGAGAAACAGCAUCUCACCUUUCUUGAUGUGUCUAAUCUCAAUUAUGCUAAAGAAUACAAUAUCGCCUGGAAUUCUCCCAUAUGCACUCCUGGAUAGGGAUAAGUGCCACAAAAUCAAUAUGGCCAUCAUCCCAAUGGGACUCCUGGGGGCAUUUGCUAUACACUUUUUAAAAGUUAAAGUGAAGUCAAUCAAUGAAAAAUGGACCUGGCGAUGGCACUUAAUGUGGAUUUUCAUCAUCCCCUGUGUAGUAAUAUUUAUAAUAACCUUCGCAGCACUCCACUCAGAUGGAGCUCUUUCCAACGCCAUUAUAAACUCACAAAAAUCGGUUUUAUGGAUGGCGGUAUUUUUCUUCUUCUGUUUCGCGUUUGUCGAAUCGCUGGGUUAUCUUGGAGUUGUCUCCAACGUUAAGCAUAAUGGAAAAGUCUAUGGAAACGGACUUAAAGUGGUCUCGACGAACCAAUUCUCCGGUUAUGUGACUGGGUUCUUGUUUUAUAAAAUCUCUGUAGGAUAUAAUGUUACGCGUUCCUUCGCAACAAUUCCUCCAGAAGUUACCGGAUCUUUCAUUAGGUUCCUAUACUGGAUUCGGGAAUCUUUACACGGAGCGUUCAGCGACUUUAUAAAGGAUUUCCAAAUGAACAUCAAGGAAUACAUUUAGUUUUUUUCGUUUUUUUAUUAUUUUUUUUUAUUUUUUUAAAUCGGUUUUU